AUGAUCCCCUUUGAGGAUGUCCUCACCCAAGUGCGGAAGACCCUGGAGGGGACGACACCUGGGAAAGUUCAGGCCAUCCUGGCAGAGCUGGUGGAGGCUCAGGUUCUCUCAUGGGACUUCUAUCAGUCUCUCAUCCAGGAGAGGGACACUGACGAUGUUGCCAGGAGGAUAUCGCUCGUGGCAUGGCAGAACUGGGACUUGUGCCAAGCUGCCAUUGGCUCAACAAUGGGCAAGGAGCAAGAUUUAGAAGGACUGUGUGCUGUGGAAUCAGCUCUGGACAACCCAGCACUGGACAGCAGCCGUCUGUGUUCAGUAGACUCAGUUCUGGACAAUGGAAAACUCUGUUCUUUCGACUCAGUGCUGGACAGUAGAGAUUCAGCACUGAACAGUGGAGGUCUGUCUUUCGUUGACCCAACACUGGAUAGCGAAGGUCUGUGUUCUGGAGAUCCAGCACUGGACAGUGAAGAACUAUGUUCUAUAGACUCAGUACUGGACAGUGGACACGUAUGUUCUGGAAAUUCAGCACUGGACAGUGGAAGACUAUGUUCUGGAGCUGCAGUGCUGGAGAGCAGAGGUCCUUACCACUCUGCAUUUCGCAGACCAGGGAUGCAAGAAUUUACAAUGGAUUUUCCUAUGGACAUUCCCCUGGAUAAUGUUUUAGAUCAAGACAUCUACUUUGAUGAUUUGAACUUGGGCACUGUUUUCUCCCCAAACCCGUAUGAUUCACUAGAUGACUGGACAUUAAAUCAAAGCAUUGACAACCUCAUCCGGUCUCUAAGUGAUGAAUUGGACAACUUUAUCCAAAGCAAUGAAUUGACACUGUCUGAGCCUGCACUGGCAGAGCCCAUUUUGCCAGAGACCAUGAGCUCAACCCCACCUACCAUAGAAAUGCCAUCGCUGACUGCCAGGCCUGUGAAGAGAGCUGCAGAUCUGGAAUCCACUAACUUGACCUGUGAAGCAAAAGACAAAAAACAAAAGAAGAAAGGGCCUGGAAGCAGACCAUGGAAAACAAGAAGGAAGAGCAUGCAGCAUAACCGCUCAAAAUCUGGCAGAAGCCAGGAGGACAUCCCCUGUGGGUUUCCUAACCAGGCUGUCUCCCAGGGCAUCCUCCAGAUCAACCCAAACAUGAUUCCCCAGCUGGUUCCAGUCUCUAUCCCCAAUGUGCCGACUCUCGGGAGCACCGCCUUCUUCAACCCUUGUGCCAAUGGUCCAACCAUUCAGCUCAUCCCAGCGGUUACCUAUCCGCAGCAACUCAUCAACAUCUCGGUACCCAGCUCCCUGGCCCCAGGAACGCCUACUUACGUGUUUGUGCCACCACCGCCUGUGACACCCACAGCCCACCCCAUGCCCCAAUCCCCAGGCACUGGGGCUGUGGUACCCUCUGACUUUGUGGUCUCCACCCCUGUGAGUUCCUCCUCUGACACUGCAUUCCAAGCAUCAUCUCCAGAAGCUGGCUCCACCCCAUCUCCCACCUCAGAAUCACCAAUCCAGGCUCCUCAACUUGAACCUCCUCCCGAAUUACCAAAGUACGUUGAGGAUUAUGUACAAUUGGCUAAAUCCACAAUAAAAGAAACCUACCAAGCCACAAAUACAGAAACAGAAAAAAACACAUCCAUGGAAUCACUCUACAUAAAUGUACCCCUAGUGCAAAGACACAUCCAGAUCAAGACAGGCACAGGUACCAAUAAGUGUCUGGAAAAGGAGCUUGUGGUUCUCAGCGAUAAUGACAGGAAGAAGGGCAUGCUUUUCAGAAGCCAGCUCUUUGAAGACACAGGACGGAAACCAAACCAGAUCAUUGCCUUGAUGGGGAAAGCCGGGAUGGGCAAAACUAUGUUUGUACACAGGCUCUGCCUGGACUGGUCCAUCGGCGACCUCCCACGCUUUGACUACGUUUUCUUACUGAAGUGCAAGGCAUUGAAUCUUCCUCAGGGAAACUAUAGUCUUAAGACCUUGCUAUUUGACUUGUCCACUUCUCCUCCGUGUAAAGAUAUGGAUGCCGUUUUCAGGUACAUUCUUUCCUUUCCCCAGCGGGUCCUCAUCAUAUUUGAUGGUUUUGAUGACUUCAAGGACCAUGAAGGUCUCCUCCAUUCUCCCGCCACCAGCAACAAUAAGGAGAACUUCAGCAUUAAACAGCUUAUCUCAGGACUGUUGCAGAGGAAGCUACUCCUUGGCUGCACUGUCCUGAUCACAGCUAGACCCAAAGAAGUUUUUAACCAGUUUAUGGGUAAAGUGGACAGAAUUAUGGAGCUGUGUGGUUUCUCGCAACAGGAAGUGGAGAUGUUUGUAUCAAAGUACUUUAGGGAUGCCUCAACUCGUGACAAGGCACUGAUGGACCUAACGAGCCAACCAUUCAUACUCAGCUUGUGUUCCAAUCCACUUAUAUGUAGGUACACUUGCUUCCUACUUGAGAAGCCUGAAGGCAAGCAGUUACCCUCAACAUUCACUGGUCUCUUCCAGAGGGUAAUUAACCAAAAACUAUAUCUGGAUUCCCAGAGACAGGAUCCUCUGAAGAGCCAACAGAAGGUACAAAUGGCGAAGUUGUGUCGUAUUGCCUGGGAAGGAGUGAAAACCCACUGCUCUUUCUUGACCCAGAAGGAUGCUGCACUGCUGAAGGAAUUCGGGCUGAGCACUGGGAUGCUUUCAUCUUACCUUGUGAAAGAGAAGAAAGGAUCAGCUGAGCUGGCCUAUGGGUUUGCUGAUCCCAUCACUCAGACCUUCCUGGGUGCAAUGCACCUCGUCCAGUCCACAGUUGUGAGUGACAAGGCCCUGGUGGCACAGACAACAGCACCACAGAAAAGACGGAGACCCCAGGCAGAAGGGCUGGAUGCCACACGUCGCUUUGCCUUGGGCCUGCUCUUCCAGAAGACCGCACAAGAUGAAAAGGGUGGAGCUGCUGCUACAGCAAAGAGGGGAGCAGCAGCAGCCCACCUGAGGGGCAUGAAACCUCGUGAGAUGGGCCCUGGUCGACUCCUGGAGCUGUUACACUGUGCCUACGAGACUGCCAAUGCAGCAGUUAUUCAGGACUUAGUCAAGCGCCUUCCUGACGAUUUGACGUUCAGUGGAGUUCAACUCACCCCGUCCGACGUCUUUGUUCUUCAGCACAUGCUACUCAAAGCAAAAAAUGCCAAAAGGACCUUCUCCAUCAAUCUUGAGGAAACUGGCAUCGACAUCCAGGGAUUAAAAGAGCUACUUGGAAUGAAAUGUAUCCUGUCAUUCAGGGCAUCAAUAGCAGAUAUUAUAAGCCUAUGGGAAGGUCUGCAGAGAAGCAAGGAGGACAAGCUUCUGAAAAUCACAGUAGCAAAGUUCACCAUAUGCCCUUUCAAAGCCACACAGCUGUGUCAUGUCGAUCAUUUGGUUACCCUUGUGCAGAUCUACAAAGGAAGGAAAUUGCCCAACUGUGAUAUCAGCCCCAUGGAAGAGUUGCCAGAUGGAGAUACCUUUGACCUCCCUGCUGUGAAAAACCUCCGGAAGCUGGAACUGGGUCUGGGCUCAUCUAAAGGCCUCAGUGGUCUCUUUCGGCUCCUCGAAGUCUUGCCCGCGUUGCACUGGCUCCAGCACCUGGACCUGGACGACAACAAAAUUGGAGAUGACGGGGCAGGAAAGCUUGCAGAAGUUCUGCCUGCUUUGUCUUCACUGGAAAUGCUCAACCUGUCGCAGAACUGCAUAGGAGACAAAGGUAUGGAGAAGCUGGCCCCAGCGUUGCCAUCACUCACCUCACUGCGCAGCCUCAGUUUGUACAGUAACUUGAUUGGCGACAGUGGGGCCGAGAACCUGGCGAAAGUGUUGCCACACAUUGCUUCACUGACCGAUCUGGAUGUGAAGGACAACAGGUUUACUGACUUUGGUGCUCAGAAGUUGAGUGAUGGUUUAAGAAACUCUCCCAAGAUGAAGACUGUAAGGAUGUGGAACCAUUACAUUCCCCAUGGGGUUCUUGAGCACCUGAAGCAACAGGAUUCAAGAAUCAAAUCCCUGUAGAGCACAAUUCUCACCAACAUGUUCUCAACAAAAGCCACGAUGGCGAUACUGACACGCCGUAAGAAAAACGACAUACACAAAAAUUAUGCUUGUGAGAUAUAAUCCAUUGGGUUCACACUGUGCAUCAGUUGUUGUGAUACAACUAUUCAACUUUCAUAUCUAUACACUAAAUAUAGCCGACAUACUCUUAGAUCAGUUUUAUUGUGCUGGUUAACAAUGACCUGAGCUGGAGUAAUGGCUAACGUGCAAUAUUUUGUAAUUAACACUUUGCUGGCUGAAUUUUAUUGCUUCUGGGAGAUUAUGGCAGCUAUGAAACUGCAUGAGCAUUUCAAUGUAUUUAUUUCCCACUCCCAGUUGUACAGUGGACCAGAUGCACUUCCUGCCUUCCUUACGUUUCAACUGUUACUUGCCUUUGAAUAUAAUGCUUGUACAUAAAUAAUUGGGGCGUGGUUAUACAAAUUAUGUCCAUACUUCUCCUUCCAGCUGUGGUUUAGACAGCUGGACAGUUUCAUGCAUAGCUGAUUAUAAAGCAAUAGGUAUGGCUGCAGGUGGCAAGUCCCUAUGGUGCCAAUGAAACUUAAGCCACAAUAUGCUGCUUUAUCAUUGUUAGUAUUUCCUUGUAUGUUUUUUUUAAUUUAAUUUGGCUUCCAGGUGAGAGGAGCUCCAAUUAAUUUCCUGGUCUUGCGCACAGUUUUAAUGGUGCCAGCGUGACAUUUUAAUCAGCUGGGUUUUGCAUGACUUACAGCAAAGCCUGGGUGGACUUUACUGUGUACUGUU